AUGGCGUCUGAAGAAAGCAGCGAGCUUGUGGUGUAUGCUGAGGAGUCGGCCACAACGGUCACCAAUCGAAAGCUUGGUAGGGCAAUAGCAUACGUCUCCGCCCAAGCCCAUGAUCUAGCCAGCCAUCAGGUCCAACUGCACGUCAAUCAACAACUCAAUUUCCAGCAACAACAGCUUUACACUGAAGCACGUGUGCAAGAAGCGAGAGCAGAAGACGAAUCAAGAACCGAAGCACUUGCGCAGAUGAUCCGGUCAACGCAGAUUGAUCCAGUGGCGCUCGAGCUACACGUGAAUUCUCAGUUGCAAUCAGCCAUUUCAGCUGCGAACAAUGUUGCCCACAGCGAAGCCCGUGCUGCUGUCAAAGCUCAUGCUGUGCAGCAUGCUCACAUCAGCGACGUUUGA